AUGUCUCGUCAAGAAAUAUAUUCCCCUGAGGGGUUGAGGGUUGAUGGCAGAAGAUGGAAUGAGAUCAGACGUCUCUCCUGCAAGAUCAAUACCCAUCCCAUCAGCUGCGAUGGCUCCUCCUAUCUUCAAAUCGGCAACACCAAGGUCAUGACAAUGGUUCAUGGUCCUAUCGAGCCCAAGAACAAGUCCAGCUUGCUUCAGGAUAGAGCCUACUUGACUGUCAACCUCAAUAUCCCAUCCUUCAGUUUCUUCAAUGCUACAACAAACAAGAAAUUGAGCAAAAACUCAAAAAAAAUCCUUGAAUUGCAAGUUUCGCUUGUUAACAUCUUUCAAGAUUUGAUCAUUCUUAAAAACUAUCCCAGAACUCAAAUCAUAAUAAACACAAUUGUACUAAAUCAAGAUGGCUCAUUGAUCUCUUCAAUAAUAAACUCAAUCAGCUUGGCCUUAAUCGACAGCGGCAUAUCAAUGUAUGACUAUAUUUCUUCUGUCAACUGUGGUUUAUUUAACAGUAAAUUUCCCAUUUUGGAUUUAAACUAUUUAGAAGAACUAGAUUUGCCCUUUUUAACAAUCGCAAUAAUUGGAAAAUCUGAAAACGUUUCCUUUUUAUUAUUAGAAAAUAAUCUUCCCCUAGAUGCUCUAGAAAAAAUUCUUGCCAUCUCAAUUAGUGGUUCUCAUAGAAUAAAAGAUUUAAUGGAUAAUCAAGUUAAGAAAUCAAGUAAAUUAAGAAUCAAAUCUAUAAAUGAACAAUCAAUCAAUUAA